CAGCGUCACGCUUCACGCCGGCAGACAUAUCUUUAUACCAUCUGCGGCGAGGCCCUGCACAGCACGUGACUGCAUUUUCUCAGGGCAACAGAGCGAAGACUAUUCUUAGCACCACAUUGCUUAUUCUGUAGUUUGCUGUGUUCCCGCCCCACCCUCGCACCCACGAAGCUCCCACACCGGGCAGACGCGCCGCGCAGCUCACAAAAGACUCGUUGUCGAGCACUGCUUGUUAUUCUCAUACGCCACGCACGCGCACCAUGGUCUAAGGUCUGCUACGCCCCUGUAUUGCACCUGCCCCAGCUUCUGCCGAGCUCCUUCCUCGGUCUAGGUGAGGCGUGAGCCCCGCUCAGCAAACACACCGCCGUUCGCUGGCCUCGCACGCGUCGCUCCCAGCCAGCAACAGCACCUCCAACACAACAAUGCGCCGCUACAGGCCUGGCGGCCCGGUGCGCGGGCACGGCACUGCUGCUGUGCCCGAUUCUUUCGCCAUGGUACGCGCCUUCGAUAGCGACUCCAACCCUGCCAGACCUAUACGUCCUUCACCGCUCGCUGCGAGUACCAUUCAUGGGCUUCCCCUCGAUUUGCUCGACCGCCUGCGCUCCUUCCCUCUCUUUCAGGCCGCCCCUGACGCCUUCCUAGCUGCCAUCGGUAUGCAUCUCAAGCCAGCACUGUACCAGACACACGACACUGUCCUUACUGAAGGCGAAACGGGAAAGGCUAUGUACUGGCUCGUGCGCGGUGCAAUGAGGGUCACAUCACGAGACCAGGAGAGUAUUUUUGCUGAAUUGAAGCCUGGCGCUUUCUUCGGCGAGAUCGGCAUCCUUAUGGACAUCCCUCGUACCGCCACCAUCAUAGCAAACAUGCGAUCGCUGGUAGUGCGCUUGAACAAGGAGGAUCUCAUGAAAGAGCUGCACAGGUUUCCCGAAGUCCAGCGAGCUAUCAUGGACGAGGCCAAGGAACGACUCGCGAUCCUUGAGCGUAAGAAGAAGGAACUCGGAGGCAACAAACGACCGAAUCCUCCCGUGCGGCAGAUCACUGGGAAGCGUGAUCGUGAAGACGGCGACGUGGUCAUGGCAGAGAGCGGCAUACUGCGCGAAGGAGAGAUUGUAAAUGCCUACAAGAAGAGGAAGUCACCGAGCCCAGGCUUGACCGAGGCCGCAGCGAACAGUGCUUUUGGCAGCUUAGACGUGAACGUGCGGUCAAUACUGAAAGAGCUGCCACUCUUCUCCGAGCUUCCGGAUGAGAUUCUCCACUUCCUGGGCAUGCGCGCUCAGCCAUGCUCUUUUCCACCAUUUUACGACAUCAUCAAGCAAGGAACAUCCGGUCGCGACGUCUACUUCAUCGUCAAGGGCGAGGUUGAAGUGGUCAACGUCAAGCCAGCUCAGCACAACGGCCAUACGGCUUUCGACCAGGGCAGGCGCAAGUCGAUCGCAGCCGGCGAGCAUUUCAAUGAGGUCAAGGCUCGAUUGAAGGCCGGGCAGUACUUCGGUGAAGUUGUCAGUCUCUCGCUAGCUCCACGGCGCACUGCUACUGUACGAUCAGUGGCGUCAGUUGAGUGUCUUAUGAUUAGCGGAGAUACCCUCAGCCAGUUGUGGGAGAAGUGCACGCCAAAUGUACGUCGGCAGGUGGAAUCAGUCGCCAAAGAGCGACUCGAGAUGGCCAAAGACAACGAUGUGCACAUGUCAGAUUCAGAGAGCACUCCCAAGAUUGAUGAGUUGGCCAUUGCAGACACAAAGCGCCCGCGAACCCCAAGGGGAAAGGAAAGCGUUCCAACUGUCACCUUCAGCGACCUUCCUGACGCCGAUUUGCCAGUCACACCGCCGCGAAGAGAUGAGAAAACGAUGGAGCCGUACGACCCGGAUCCGUUCCUCAACACCGACCUAGACAAUGUCCGGUCUAGAUCAAGAAGGGGUUCACUUGCCCCUCCACUACCCGACUCACCCUCCAGUCCUACCAAAACCAGCUUUUCGAAAGAUCCAUCGCCGAUUGGCUCGCCCCUUGGCACUUCGCCUGUCGGAACACCUUUUCUUGCACCGUCGCCCAUACCAAAGCACACGUCAACACCGCCUGAACCAGCAUUCGACUUCAAACGCCCGCGCAUGAUACGGAAACCCAUUAGAUAUACUAGAGGCUUACUCCCGGAUUCAAUCCUUGUCAGGGUCUUCCAGAAUUUCGACGUAUGCGAGCUGAUGCUGCUGCGACAAAUAUCGUCACAUUGGCAUAAGCUCAUCUCGACUUCCCCGGAUAUACUCUACGACCUUGAUCUUGCGAAAUACAAUCGCAAGGUCACAGAUCGAUCAUUAGUAGAUGUCAUCUGCCCCUUCGCUGGCACUCGACCCAGAUACAUCAACAUGAGCAAUUGCUUCCACGUCACAGACGAGGGCUUCGGUGAGCUGGCUAAGACAUGCGCUCCCGGCGUAAGAGUAUGGCGCAUGAAGAGUGUGUGGGAUAUUACUGGCCCUGCAGUCCUUGACAUGGUGCAGAAAGCUAAGGGCUUAGAAGAGGUUGACCUGAGCAACUGCAGAAAGGUCGGCGAUAACCUCCUCGCACGCGUUAUUGGCUGGGUCGUACCAGACCAUCCUCCACAGAUGGUAAUGGCACAAGCACAACAACAGACUCACGCAAACAGCCGACACAAGGGCAGAAAUGGAGCACACCAACAAGCACCGACGCCCCUGGCUCCUGGGACUGUUGUCGGCUGUCCAAAGCUACGUCGCCUGACCCUGAGCUACUGUAAGCACAUUACGGAUCGCUCAAUGGCGCACAUCGCCGUUCACGCAGCGAAUCGCAUCGAGUCGAUUGACCUCACACGAUGCACGACGAUCACAGAUGUCGGAUUCCAGCACUGGAGUAUGUACCCAUUUCCACGGCUGCAGAAGCUCUGUCUCGCCGACUGCACCUACCUCACCGAUAACGCAAUUGUCUACUUGACAAAUGCCGCCAAGGCGCUGAGGGAAUUGGACCUGUCAUUCUGCUGUGCGCUUUCAGACACCGCGACAGAAGUCCUCGCUCUUGGUCUUCCGAACCUAACACACCUCAAUCUUGCUUUUUGCGGAUCAGCAGUCUCGGACACGUCGCUCCGUUGUAUAUCACUACAUUUGCUUGAGCUGCGGAAUCUCUCUGUACGCGGUUGUGUGCGUGUGACAGGCACAGGUGUUGAGGCUGUGGUAGAAGGCUGCAGAGAUCUAGAAGUAUUUGAUGUCAGUCAGUGCAAGAACUUGGGCCGGUGGCUCGAAGCAGAUGGUGUUCAAAUGGUCAAGCAAAGAGGUCGCAGGGUCAAGUUUGAGACCGUUGCGGACGGCAGGUGGCGUGUGGGGCAACAGGCGCUGUGAUUGGCGUUUUGCCGGAAGUUGACGGAGUCUGGCGGUUGGUGAGGUACGUUGGAUGAAGGAGAGGCGUCUUGAUCUUGCUUAUUGUCUUGCUGUCUUCGCUUUCGAAGGCUUCGUCGCGCCGCAUAGCGAGGAGUGCGAAUCUGUUGUAUCUAUAUGUUCUUACGGCGGACGGUGGUUUCUGAUUACGAUCGCUACUAUGAUACCAGGUACGUCUACGCUACGUAUACCAAUUGCAGCAGUUUGUUA